CGGCUUCGCUAUAGCAGUUAGACCAUCUCUACUCAAUCCGACAUAAAAAGAAGUCGGAUCGAAGUGUAAAUCGGUGUGAAUUAAAUUAUUCGCGUAAUGUGAUAAAAACUUAACGCUGGCGAGUGCCCGUAAUAAACGCGCAAAUGUACGGCAACCAGAGUUACCAAGCCGAGAGACCUUGAAAAGAAAUUGGAGACCAAAACAAAAGUGACGUCAUAAUGGUGCUAUUUAUGUAUUUGUAUGUACGUCUAUGUAUCUAUACAAAGUUUUGCUAAAAUAUUUGCCAGUGAGACGCAAACACACAAACAUACGCCCGCGAGAACAUUAAUAGAUAAAAACAAAACUAGCAAUAAGCUGUAAUGUCUAGAGUAUUUAUAAGAAAAUUAAGAAAAACAAAGGCAAAGUGACAACUAAAGGUCACAAAACAGAAAAGAAAAAAAACAAAUACAACACAAGAACGGAGCGCGCGUGUGUGUGUGUUCUGAGUAUUUUUGCAGACAACAAAGCAAUAAAAUCAUUUCCAAAAAAUAUAUAAAAAACUGUGUUUCCGCUUUGUAGAUUUUAGCUUUCGGUUUCGUUAAACUCUACAACAGUAAAAACUUUAACGCCUGGUUUUUGCCUUCUCUUUUUUGUUUGUUUGGGAAUAAACCUUGUAAAAUGACCCAGAAACAUUGUAGCAUAUAAUCAGGCGUUAUACAUAUAUUGUGUUUCAUUCUGUAUUCAGAUCGACCGCAGAAGUUAACUUGGUAAACAUGACUCAAUAAAUUAGUGGACACCAAAAACGACGACGAUCAAAACUGGUCUAAUUUUUAUACAAACCUUUAACAACCCCAUCAAAAGUCCCCAAAUUUAAGUAUCCCCUACGAUCUACACCCGCUAAAAUGGCCAGCGUAUGGAAGCGAUUGCAGCGGAAUUUCAAGCGCGCCGCCAAAUUCCAGUUCACUGCAUCGUACCAUGAUCUGCAUCUGGAAACCACCGCCAAGUGGCGGCCAUCGAACCUCUCUAUCGUUUGGACCAGAAGAUCUAGACGAGUGGCCAGUGCUCCGUUGCCAUGGGAGCCGGAUAUGAUGAAUCCCUUAGUAGGCAAUAUAGCCUGGCCAGUGCCUGACAAUCACACCAUAUCGGUAACUUUAUUCAAGGAUCCGCGUACCCACGAGCUGGAGGACAAGGACUGGACAUUUGUCAUCGAAGAUGUUACUCCAAUGGGCAAGAAACGUGUGCUGGCCAAUGCCAGUAUUAAUAUGAGGAAGUAUGCCAGCAUAGAAUCCACUCAGCAGAGCUUUACAUUGACCCUAAAGCCAGUCUCGAAGAAGAUUACAGCGGCUAGUUUAGAGCUAACGAUUAGCUGCGUAUUCUUAAGAGAAGGAAAGGCCACAGAUGAGGAUAUGCAGAGUGUGGUCUCCAUGAUGUCCGUAAACAACAAUGAUGUGGCGCCUUUGGAUGACUUAGAGGAUAUUCCCGAUCUUGACAAUUUUAGUGAAAUGACAGAUAAUUUAUAUGACUUUACCCAGCAACUGGAGCAUAUGACAACGAGUCUAAAUGGCUGCAUUGAUGUGGCCACCCCCCAAAGUGUACCUUCGUUAUCUGAAGAUCCAACUCCGUUGGCAGAGUCAUUUAAUCAAUUGCAUUUCGAACUAGACUCCGACGGCAAACGGGAAGCUGCGAACAAGUUAGACUUGCCCACAGCUGCAUCCGGUGGGGCAUCCAGUAGUGCCAGUGGUGCUGAUGAGUCCCUUAAAACCCCCAAUGGAGUGCAGCAUUUGGUGGACAAUACACCGAUUAAGUCACCAGGUGAUCAAAAGCAACCAAAGCAGACACCUGCAGCGGAGCCAUUGAGGUCGAAAUGUAACGAGCUCUUUGACAAGAUGGUUACCUCAACGCCACUUGAACCUAAAAUAAGCAAGGACGACGUUAAGCCAAAGAAGAAGCGGGCUUUAUUCUUCACCGAGAAGGAAGAUGAGCAGGAUUUGAGGGUGGAAAGUAUAAAGGCAGAUUCCACAAAGAGUUUUGGUGACGACAGCACCACCAAGGAAAAGCCCAAAGAAGACAGUCAAUCCAGUAAAGAUGCCUCGUCUGUGGUGGUCCCGUCGCCUGCCAAGCGCCCAGAGUUACAGCCCCUGAACUUGAAGAAAAGCUACGAACCCUCGCCGAAACCUGUACCGGCAGUCGCACCAGCACCCGCAUCUGUGAUAAACGAAUCGAUUGGAUCAGUGUCGGGUUUGAGUACCUCUGGCUCGUUAAACAAUAGCCUGAAACCCGUGGAGAAGAUCGUGCUAAAGGAGAAUACCCCCGGACAGGAUCUGCUGGAGUGGUGCAAAGAAGUUACCAAAGACUACCCCAAUGUUAAAGUCACCAAUCUGACGACCAGCUGGCGCAACGGCAUGGCCUUCUGCGCUAUUAUUAAUCACUUUGUGCCGGAGCUUAUUGAUAUGUCCAAGUUAAGCGCCCAUGAUGUGGUUGGCAACUGCCGCAUUGCUUUUGAUGCGGCUGAAUCUUUAGGAAUACCCCGCGUUAUCGAGCCGCGGGACAUGAAUAUGCUGACAGUACCAGAUAAGCUGGCCGUGAUGACCUACUUGCAUCAGUUGAGGGCACACUUUACUGGCAAGCAACUGAAGAUCGAGCAAAUUGGACCCACGGCCGAUGAGUCGAGCUACGUAAUUGGAAACUACAAGUCAGACAAUUUGUCAAAUAGUCGGAUCAACUUUUCACACCCGAAGUCGCUGCUACUGCAUCAAAACUCGUUCGAUGAUGAGAUCUAUGGGCAAAAUAAAUCAGACCAACUCUCGCCCACAAGCAAAAAGGAUGUAAAGAAUCUGAUUCUGAACAAUUCGAAGAACAUUUUGGAUAAGGUGCUGUCGCCUACGAAGGAUAAGAACUCGAUUAAUGCAUCCCAGCAUGCAAAUCAGUCGUCGGUGCUCAGUUGCCAGACACCGCCGCCGCAAGAAGAUUCUCUGGAUAAAGGACAACUAGCGGGUGGCAAGGAGAAUAGUUCCCAAACCGUCAUAGAUCCCCAGGCGGCCAGUCGAAUAUUAACGCGCCACAAGCUGAUGAGUGAAAAAGCAAAGGUGAUGAUGGAAAAGCUAAAGCUUUACAACACCAGCGACGCGAACGACGAGGAGCGACAGCAGCGCCUUCGGGAACAGGCCCGUCGGCUUAUCCUGGGCGUCAAGAGCGGCGGCUCCGUAGAUAGUCCCACCAGCCCCACACGGCCGAAGUUGGAGCGAACUAUCUCGCCCAUCCACAACGGCGCUGAGGAAUUCUACGCGGAACAUGCGAAGAAGCUGGAGGCUAAGGAGCCAGGCAGUCCUAGUCAUAGAUUAAGUGAUCCGAAAGUUCUGCAAUCGUUUAACGCGAUCAUGGAUCGCGUCUCACCAAAGCACGAGAAAAGGGGUGACAAGCUGUCCUACAUCGAGUCCGAGCUGGAGGCUCUAGAGCGGGAACAGGAGGCCAUCGACCAGAAGGCCAGCAGUCUGGAGGCCAAGCUGCGUGCCGUAAUGGGCGGCAAUCCAAAAACCACGGAAACGGAGGAGCAACUGUUAUCGCAAUGGUUUACGCUGGUCAACAAGAAGAACGCACUUCUCCGGCGACAAAUGCAGCUGAACAUACUCGAGCAAGAAAAAGAUUUGGAACGAAAGUAUAAAAUGCUGAAUCAGGAGCUGCGGGCGGCGCAAUCUGUGGAGGAUUGGCGCAAGACGGAAGUGCAGCGGGAGAAGGAGCGGCUGCUGCUCGAGGAGCUGAUGACUAUUGUCGACAAGCGUGACCAAUUGGUUCAGCAUCUGCACAACCAGGAGAUAGCGAUCGAAGAUGACCAAGAGAUUGCGAGAAAACUGGAGCACGUUGACAUCAGCGCUGAAAAAGACAAAUGUGUUCUUCAAUAGAAAUCGAAAUUAACCAAACCUGACUGGAGAUUAUACUUACACACACUCAAUCUUAUCUAUGUAACUAGUUAGAUAACAACUAUGUAUGUUCAGAGACACGCGAUAAGGUCGCGUGGUUUUUGUGGUUCGGUGUCGCUUCUUAUGCAAUCGUUAUAUCCAACGACAACAAAUACUUGGACCACUUGGUAUGGUUAUUAAAAAAAAAAGAAAAGAAAACAAAAUGGUAUACUGUGAAACAAAACCAAUUGCUUUUGUAUUUAAGCAAAGAAAUUCAAAGAAAAAAGAACAAAACGUCCGUUAGUGAACUAAGUAAUAAAAAUCGAGAACAGACACUUCGAAAGGGACAAUUUAUACACCUAUUUAUGAUAAUCAGAUAUUUGAAAUACUUAAAAUUUCAUUGUGUUAACUUCGUUUCAUGUUUUUGUUGUUGUGCCAUCUGAACCACACCUAAAGUAAAUCCUGAACACAAAGAUGAUGUUAAUAAGGGAAUUGAGGAGGCAAUUUUACGUUAGUUUAUACUUUAGCAUUUAUCCCAACAUAAACUAGAAACGCUUCAUCCAAAAAUACAUGUACACAUAUAUAUAUAUUUAUGAAUUACCUUUAUGCGAAAACCUAUCUUACCAUACUUAAUUUAGACCCAAACAUUUGCUCUAUGUUAAGCAAAGCGCUUUAAUCAUAAUUUAAAGGUGGCUUAAAUACUUAUAAAAUAAACAUCUUAAUUUUAUUUGCCCAGGCGAAUGUAUAAAGAACUGUUCGACCCAAGAAACAUAGCUAAUAAAUGAAAUAGAAAGUGCAGGUGGUUGUCAUCAGCAUUAAAUAAACCCAAAAACAAUUCUAAGAAA